CAAAACAAAGUCACGGCAGCUAAAUAUUUUGUAGUAUAUUUAUAAUUGACGAUUAACCCGAGCAUCGAAACGUUAAUUAGCUAUAAAUAAAGCAAGUGUGCACCAGUAGCAGUGCAGUAAUCUAGUUCCGGUGCGAAGAAAAGAGGCAUGGGCUGGCCCCAACACCACUGACCAAACAACAAGGACGACAACAUAAUUUGCGUGUUAAACCCGAAGAUUAGAAACACACAAAGGGCCGUUGCACCAGUCAAUAUGGUCGAGCCCAUUUUUGAGUAUCAAUUCCGCCUGAUACUCAUUGGCGACAGCACAGUGGGCAAGAGUUCGCUGCUUAAAUUCUUUACAGAUGGAAAAUUUGCCGAGCUCUCGGAUCCGACAGUGGGCGUGGACUUCUUUGCCCGCCUCAUCGAGAUGAAGGAUGGAACACAAAUCAAACUACAGCUGUGGGACACAGCCGGCCAGGAGCGUUUCCGCUCCAUCACAAAAUCCUACUAUCGCAAUUCAGUCGGCGUUCUGCUCGUCUAUGAUAUCUCGAAUCAUGCCAGCUUCGAGCAUAUACCACUGUGGAUGAUGGAGGCGCAGCGUCACAUCGAGCCGCACCGACCCGUCUUUGCGCUGGUUGGCUGCAAGCUGGACCUCAUCAAUGCGGGCGGCCACCGCGAAGUGUCCACAGAGGAGGCGCAAACGUUUGCCAAACAACAUGGCCUGCAUUUCGUUGAGACUUCCGCGCGCACCGGAGCCAAUGUGGAGGAGGCUUUCCGCAUGGUCACCCAGGAGGUGUACGCCCGGAUUCGAUCCGGCGAGUACAAGGCGGAGGAUGGCUGGGACGGCAUCAAGGCCGGCUUUGCGACGCCCAACAGUCUCGACUUUAAUCUCGUUGUGGCCGAGCCGGAGAAAUCCUCCUGUUGUUGAUUCGUUUUUUUUUUUUUGUUUGUUGGG